AUGUUUGCUGCGUUUUAUAUACGCUUCACAGAACGGAGGAGGAGUCUGACUUGUCGGUUUGCAACAGACAGAAACGACUUCAGGAGGAAUCUACUGGUCAACCUGGGCUUGUUUGCAGCUGGUGUUUGGGUUGCAAGAAAUCUCUCAGAUUUUGACCUGCUGUCUCCUCAGCCCGUGACAUAACGGAUUCAAAAUACAUCGCCUCUAAAACCAGGAUAAUGGUGUCUUGGACCAACAAAGAAGAAACCAGGGUCCUGA